GUAUGCUUCGUCAUGAAGCGACACACUUUGUAGUAGCCAAUUAUGUCCAGUAGAUGGCAGCAUCGCAACGUAAUGAUGGCGGCUAGAAAAAAUCAACAGAAGAAGAAGAAAAAAGCGUAGGUUAGCCGCACGUCGCUCAGCAGUAGCCUUGUAUCCCAACAAGUGUUCAUUGAGUGUUUGCACUGCGCUUUUCUUCAUUACGAACUUGUUUGUCACAUCAAAGAAAGAAAGAUAAAGCGUCAGAGUUGCGUUGAGUCUCGCCGCUCUCUGCGCGCCUUGAAGCUUCUCUCACGCUAGCUUAGCUUGUUAGCUGCCAACACAGAGACGCGGAAGUUAGUCUGGUGAAAUGUCUACAAAGUGCGACUAGCGACCAACUUCUGACGUCAAAGAAGUGUUUGUCGACUUAGAAAGGCCCAACGUGGAGUACGAGGGCGAACUUUGUCGAACAAAAGAGGAGUUCGAGCCACAACGUCAACUACUGGACGCUGUUUUCAAGACUCAAAUGGAGUCACACGGAGCAGACGUCGAUGAAGAACAUCUUCCACCGGAGCAGCUCGAGUGGAGCCCCAGGGUGGAGCAGGAGGAGUCACAGCCCCCUUACAUUAAAGAGGAAGAGGAGGAGCACAGCAUCAGUCAGGAUGAGGCUGACGUCAGCAAAUUUCCGGUGAUUCGUGUGAUUGUGAAGAGCGAUGAGGACGAAGCUCAGUGGUCACAACUUGAUGUAAGUCCAAGUGAGGGGACGAGAAGAUCGGAAGCACGGAGCCUCUUAGCGCCACUUUCUGAAAGUGAUCAUAGUGAUGACGAAAACAUUAAAGGUGACGGGAGAUCACAAAAUGACAGCAAGCACUUUAAGUGUUCUCAAUGUGAUAAAGCUUUUGGCAGAAAGCGAAAUUUGAAAACGCACAUGAUGAGCCACACUGGAGAGAAACCUUUCAUUUGUUCAAUCUGCGGCGGCGGGUUUUCUCUCAAAGGCACCUUGAUGAUACACAUGAGAACUCACACCGGGGAGAAACCUUUUCCCUGUGACAUUUGCUGCGAAAGAUUCUCCCAGAAAGUCAAUUUAACAAAACACAUGAGAAAGCACACCGGAGAGAAACCUUUUCCCUGCUCGGUGUGCGGCGAAAAAUUCUCCCAGAAAGGAAAUUUGGUGAUACACAUGAGGUGGCACUCAGGCGAGAAACCUUUUGGCUGCCCAGUUUGUGGGGAAAACUUCUCCCAAAAGGGAAAUUUAAUGAUACAUUUGAGGACACACACUGGGGAAAAGCCUUUUCCCUGUGAAAUGUGCGGGCAAAUGUUUGCCAGGAAGGACAUUUUGCUGAAGCACACGCGAACGCACACCGGCGAGAAACCAUUUCCUUGCUCGGUUUGCGGCGAGAGAUUUGCUCAAAAGGGCAACCUGAAGACGCACACGAGGAAACACACUGGAGAGAAACCCUUUAGCUGCGACGCGUGCAAUGAGAAGUUUGCUUACAAAUACCAGCUGAACAAACACAAGUGUGCUGGUGAGCUCGGCAGCAGUAAAUGAAUUUGCAGGGUGUGAAAUACAAUCGACCGCUAAAAUUGAAUGUACUUGACGUUGGAAACAAUCACAAUUGAACUGAAAAUGUAUGGACAUUUUUGAGUUAAAAUGGCGACUGUUUAUAAAGCCAGUGUGUCUCACAAGAGCUCAGCUGAGCAAUCAUAAAGUGUGUGAAGUCACUUAGAAACAUUAACUUUUCAACUAAAAUAACAAUAUUUGUUCGUAAAUGCAGUAUAUGCUGCUUUGAAGAAGAGAAUGUAUACCGUAUUAUUCGGAGUAUAAGUCGCUCCGGCCGAAAAUGCACAAUAAAGAAGGAAAAAAACAUAUAUAAGUCGCACUGGAGUAUAAGUUGCAUUUUGCUCGUU